AGUAGUUGCGAAAACCCGGAACGAAGGUGUUGUUGCCGCGCGGGGGGGGAGCGGCGCCGCCUCUCGCCGCACCUCCCCGACAGCCCUCGGAGGCCUCGCUGGGCAUGCUCAGUCGGGCAGGGCCGCUUCAGCUCUCGUAGUAGGAAGCCUGGGGCGCUUGGCUGGUGAGGACCCGCGGCGGGGCGAAGAUGGAGUCCUUUACCAAUGAUCGACUUCAGCUUCCAAGGAACAUGAUUGAAAACAGCAUGUUUGAAGAAGAACCAGAUGUGGUAGAUUUAGCCAAAGAACCCUGUUUACAUCCUCUGGAACCUGAUGAAGUGGAAUAUGAGCCCCGGGGUUCGAGGCUACUGGUACGAGGUCUUGGUGAGCAUGAGAUGGAUGAGGACGAAGAGGAUUAUGAGUCAUCUGCAAAGCUGCUGGGCAUGUCCUUCAUGAACCGAAGCUCAGGACUUCGAAACAGUGCAGCGGGCUACAGGCAGAGUCCAGACGGCUCUUGUUCAGUACCCUCCGCCAGGACCUUAGUGGUCUGUGUUUUUGUCAUCGUGGUUGCUGUCUCUGUAAUCAUGGUGAUUUACCUACUGCCUAGAUGUACCUUUACCAAAGAAGGCUGCCACAAAAAAAACCAGUCAACGGGACUAAUUCAGCCACUUGCCACAAAUGGGAAAUUGUUUCCAUGGGCACAGAUUAGGCUUCCCACUGCCAUUAUGCCUCAGCGCUAUGAACUUAGCCUACAUCCAAACCUAACCUCGAUGACAUUCAAAGGUUCUGUGACAAUUUCACUUCAGGCUCUUCAAGCCACAUGGAAUAUCAUUCUCCAUAGCACAGGACAUAAUAUUUCAAGAGUGACAUUUAUGUCAGCAGUUUCAAGUCAAGAAAAACAAGUUGAAGUCCUGGAAUAUCCAUAUCAUGAGCAAAUUGCCGUUGUUGCCCCUGAAGCCCUUCUAGCAGGGCACAAUUAUACUUUGAAGAUAGAGUAUUCAGCAAAUAUAUCUAACUCUUAUUAUGGUUUUUAUGGCAUCACCUACACAGAUGAAAGUCAUGAGAAAAAGUACUUUGCAGCAACUCAGUUUGAACCCCUGGCAGCAAGAUCUGCUUUUCCCUGUUUUGAUGAACCAGCAUUUAAGGCCACGUUUAUCAUCAAGAUCACAAGGAAUGAGCAUCACAUUGCAUUAUCAAAUAUGCCUAAGAAGUCAUCAGUCCCUGCAGAAGAAGGACUUAUUAAGGAUGAGUUUUUUGAAAGUGUGAAAAUGAGCACGUACCUGGUUGCUUUCAUUGUAGGGGAGAUGAGGAAUCUGAGUCAGGAUGUAAAUGGAACCUUGGUUUCUAUAUAUGCUGUACCAGAAAAGAUUGAUCAAGUUCACCAUGCUUUGGACACAACUGUAAAGCUCCUUGAAUUUUAUCAAAAUUACUUUGAAAUUCAAUACCCACUUAAGAAAUUGGAUUUGGUGGCCAUUCCUGACUUUGAAGCAGGAGCAAUGGAAAACUGGGGCCUGCUUACGUUCCGAGAAGAGACUCUUCUGUAUGACAACGCCAGUUCUUCAGUAGCAGAUAGAAAACUGGUUACUAAAAUCAUCGCUCAUGAGCUGGCACAUCAGUGGUUUGGUAAUCUGGUUACAAUGCAAUGGUGGAAUGACCUGUGGCUAAAUGAAGGCUUUGCGACUUUCAUGGAGUAUUUCUCUGUGGAAAAAAUAUUCAAAGAGCUCAACAGUUAUGAAGACUUCCUAGAUGCUCGAUUUAAAACUAUGAGGAAAGAUUCCUUGAAUUCAUCCCAUCCAAUAUCAUCAUCUGUUCAGUCUUCAGAACAAAUAGAAGAAAUGUUCGAUUCUCUUUCCUAUUUUAAGGGAGCAUCUCUCUUGUUGAUGUUGAAGACUUACCUUAGUGAAGAUGUGUUUCAGCAUGCUAUCAUUCUUUACCUGCACAAUCACAGUUAUGCAUCCAUUCAAAGCGAUGAUCUCUGGAGCAGCUUUAAUGAGGUCACAAACAAAACACUAGAUGUAAAGAAGAUGAUGAAAACCUGGACCCUACAGAAAGGAUUCCCAUUAGUGACUGUCCAGAGGAAGGGGACGGAGCUCCUUCUGCAACAAGAAAGAUUUUUUCUAAGCAUGCAACCAGAAAUUCAGGCUUCAGAUGCCAGCUACCUGUGGCAUAUUCCAAUAUCCUAUGUCACUGAUGGAAGAAACUAUUCAGAAUAUCGAUCAGUUUCACUACUGGACAAGAAAUCAGAUAUCAUCAAUCUUACAGAACAAGUGCAGUGGGUCAAAGUCAAUACAAACAUGACUGGCUAUUACAUUGUUCACUAUGCUGAUGAUGACUGGGCAGCUCUAAUCAAUCAGUUAAAAAGAAAUCCUUAUGUUCUGAGUGACAAAGACCGAGCCAACCUCAUCAACAACAUCUUUGAACUUGCAGGCCUUGGCAAAGUGCCUCUUCGGAUGGCAUUUGAUUUGAUUGACUAUCUUAGAAAUGAGACACACACUGCACCCAUUACUGAAGCUCUGUUCCAGACAGACCUCAUCUUUAACCUCCUGGAAAAACUGGGACACAUGGACCUGGCCUCAAGAUUGGUGACCAGAAUGUAUAAAUUGCUCCAGAACCAAAUCCAGCAGCAGACUUGGACUGAUGAGGGCAUGCCAUCUGCACGAGAGCUUCGGUCAGCCUUGCUGGAAUUUGCCUGUGCCCACAGCCUAGAGAACUGUACCACUGAGGCCACAAUGCUGUUUGACAAUUGGAUGUCAUCAAAUGGAACUCAGGGCCUGCCUACUGAUGUCAUGCUCACUGUGUUUAAAGUUGGAGCAAGAACCAAGAAAGGCUGGUCAUUUCUCUUAAACAUGUAUUCCUCCAUGGGCUCUGAAGCAGAAAAGAACAAAAUACUUGAAGCUCUUGCCAGCUCAGAGGAUGUACAGAAACUCUACUGGUUAAUGAAAAGUAGCCUUGAUGGAGAUAUAAUCCGGACACAGAAGUUGUCACUUAUCAUCAGAACAGUGGGCAGACACUUUCCUGGACACUUGCUGGCAUGGGAUUUUGUUAAAGAAAACUGGAAUAAGCUUGUACAUAAGUUCCAUCUGGGCUCCUAUACCAUACAAAGUAUUGUUGCUGGAUCCACUCACUUGUUUUCAACAAAGGCACAUUUGUCUGAGGUCCAGGCAUUCUUUGAAAAUCAGUCAGAGGCAACCUUGCAGCUUCGGUGUGUCCAGGAGGCUUUGGAAAUUAUUCAGCUGAAUAUCCAGUGGAUGUCGAGGAAUCUGAAAACUCUGAGAUUGUGGCUGUAGCACUUGCAGCCGACUUUUCCGGUGCCCAUGGCUCUGCUGCUUUUGCAAAGGUUGAAGUGAAGGCAGGCCUGCUACUGAGUUGUUUGCACUGUUAGAAGUUCUAGUAAGCUCAGGGCCCAAUUACGUUUUUCAUGUCAUUUCUGAAAUGUCUUUAGGCAGUAAGUAGUUAUUUAUUACAAAAUUAUAUUCACCUGUAUGCCAACCAUUUACAAAAACAAUGAGUAAUUUUUCUUUGGACACACAGAUGGAGAAAAAAGUCAUAUUUUAAAGUGUCCAGAGAGUUGCUGGUAGAGUGCAACCAAGGAAAGUCUGCUGUAAGAACCAUAUUUGCAGGUUGCUGAUUGGUCAGCUGUUUGUUUCUUCUUGUUGAUAGAUGCAUAUGGUGUGUAGUAGUUGCCUGGAAGAACCCAGUAACAAAGACAUUGAAGAUGCAGUUGUAGACAACUGACCUCAGGUGUGCAGGUCUGCCCUGACUGGGAGUCCUUUAAAAUGGUUUAUAUCUAUAUUAUAAUUUAUCCUGCAGAAUAACCAGGUUCUAAAGAAUUUUUCUUGUUUCUGUUGAACUGAACAGAUGAACAAACAAGCCCAAAAGUUCAGUUUUCCAAAUAUUUAACACGUUCUGUUUCAUCUUUAUGGCACUACUGUAGAAAGUGUUCUGGACUGAGUUAAUGUUAGUUAUCGUAUCCAUGAGUCCCAGUACCUCCCAACUCUAUGCACCUGGUUAGUCCUGCUUAUGUAGACCUUCUGCUGUAGAGAAGUAUUCCCAUGCUUUGGUAAGCUUUCUGUUAAGCACUGGUGUUUUUGUCAUUACUUUCCGCCAAGAAUAUAAUUUGUUUAAGUUGCCUUUUGACCUAACAAAUCAUACCCUUUUCUCUGUGAAUCAUACCCGUGUGUGUGUGUUUACGUUAUGUUACAGUGUGUAUUACAAGAAUUUCUCAAGAAAUUAAAACUUUUUAUUUUGAAGUUCACCAUAGUACCUUAAAGGGACAAUGAGAAUGUGGGAAAGGGGUAUAUUGAAAAUAUGGUGAGUUAUGAAUUAUUUUUUUCACUGUUAAAAACAGUGCUUUUGUUUAGCUGAAAAAAUAUCCUUUUUUUCUUUUAUCAUGGCCAAACUAAUGUUAAACAGAACGGCCAAGGAUCAAGCAAAGGACAAGUGAGGGAAGGUGUCCAGAGCAGAGUGCGGGCGUUUUUACUCCUUCUGAAGGAGAAAUACUGUACUUGAAUUUUUUGAGCUAUGCAGACUUAUUCCUAGAUUGUUUUGUUUCUUUGAUUCUUAGGAGAGAAAUUUUCUUCUUAAUAACUCACGAGAAUUCUAUAUUUGUUUGAAAACUGCCCGUGUACAUAAAAAGGGAAUCACUCGUUUGUGAACACUGAAAACACUCCACAGGGUCAGACCAUACAAAGGCCACUUUUUUAUUAGCUGUUGUAAAGUUAGAACAUGUGGAGUUGUAUACAAAGUUAUAGUUUAUUUUAUGAAAAUAUUUUUAUAUAACAAAAUUUUAAUGGCUGACAGACUGAAAAUAGCCUGCUUAAUCCUAGUGUUUGCUCCCAAUUUAGUCUUUUCCAAACAUGUUUGUGAUUUUGAGUAAAAAAUGUUAUUCCUGAGAAUCACAGAAUCAUCUUGAUAUCUUCAUGAAAUAGUUAAUUGUACAUCUUUAUUUCCUUUGUGCUUUUGGUAAAUGAAUGAUAGUUUAGUUGAUACUGAAGGUUAGGGGGGGUUUGUAUUUUUAGAGUGAAGGAAAAAUACUCUUGUGGGUUUUGCCUCUCUUUGGUUUUUUACCAUGUUGUAUUACUAAAUCCUACUUUGAUACAGAGUUUAACUUUUGCUACUUCUCAAGAGAAGUUCAAUCUUGAGAUUUACCUGCCCAUCCUGGCAUUGAUCUUAAGUCUGUGUAACUCUACAUAUGGCGAAUCUUGUCUUAACUAACACUUUUUUCCAUGUAUGAGUGUGGAUGUGUGUGAUGUGGUGUGUUGUAAAUAAAGCCUUGUUGAGGGUAUUGCUAAAAAGAAAAAAAAAGUAAUUCUUGAUUCACUGCUGUCAGAAGCUAUUCAUUCCCAGGAUACUGGAGCCAUAAUAUUUUCAGUCAUACCUAUAAUCUUCACCUCAAUUGUUUCUAAUUUUGAUAGGCUUCCUCUUAAUUUCCCCACAGAUUUCUGUAAAGUUUGAUGUUUUGUUAGCCCAUUUUUCUGCAACCUCUUAACAGCUAACUCAGUCAGGAGUGUAAGGCUGAGAGGAAGCAUUUAUAGUCUGAUAAGUAUAUUGGUAGCACUCAGAUUGUCCUCCUCCGAAAUUUACCUUGCAUGCUGUACUUCUGUGAAGGAAGGUUGAAGCACAGGGUCAGCUGGUGCUUUGGAUAUAAGCAAACAAAUGCCUGACAUCAUUGGGUGGCAGUUGCAUGAGAAUUCUGUUUACUACAGAGAAAGGGUGUACUUGAAUGUAAUGCGAAAGGCACAUCUUGAUUACUCAGAAAAAUAGAAUUGGAAAUCUAGAUUUGUGGAAAAAAAUUGAUUUGGAGAUCUGAAAGUUAGGAAACGGAGGAAAUAAACCUUGCUGAUAUGGAGUUAGCUAUGAUAAAGUAGUGGCAGUUUCCCUCCGCCCCCCCCCCGAAACUUGUGCCUUUUUUUUUCUCAUGUUGUCUUUAAAAAGGAAAUUAUAUUUGUCAGUGUUCAGUGUUUCCAAACUUUCUUGCUAUCACAGUUUCUACUUAACUAGUUUUCUUUGCCAUAUGUGUUUUCAUUUUAUGAGACUUUAGCCACCAUUAGAACAAGAGCUUCCAGAAGAGUCCUGGGUAUAAAAAAACAAAUCCAGCUGCAUCAGGUUUACUGGGUACCAAACAAUCCUUCCUGAUUGACUAUUGGGAAGCAAGAAAUUAAAAUUAAGUCUUGUGUUUGUUGCAUGAUUAAUAGCCCAUUGUUGAAUUGGGUUUUGAAGGUAUUUACUUUAUCUAAAGCACCUGGAAUGAUAAUCUUCAACCAGACUACUGAGCGCUUAUAUACGACCAUGUGUUUCAUGGGUUUUGGGCAUGGCACAGUACAUCUUAGGUACCAUCUCAGUCCCAGGCUGAGUUGACAGAUAGGAAUGGGUUGUUUUACAUAGGCCUCUGAUAUUUGGAAUCAUAGGUAUGAUGUGGAUUCCCUGCUCCUCUCGCACUGCCUUACUCUUUCUAUGUUUUAGAAAUGUUCUUUUAUCUUCUUAUAUUUGUAUUCUUAAGACUCAGGUAUAGGGGCUGGAGAGAUGGCUCAGCCGUUAAAGGCUAGGCUCACAACCAAAAAUAAAUAAAUCUUAAAAAAUAAAUAAAUGAAAAAUAAAAGAGAACAACAUUUUUUUAAAAAGACUCAGGUAUAUAUUUUUUGGGUUUUGUGUUCUUUUAUUUUGUUCCUUAAUCUCUGAAAUGUCAAAGAAGUACAAAAUGAAAAGUGGAGGACUCAAAGUAUGACAAACCUACUCUUCUCCCCACCCUUUACUGCCUGGUUGGGCAAUAAUUAGCAGAAAUGACUGAUUUCUAGAGGGUUUGUGGGAGUUUUUGUAGGGAGCUGAUGUAUACUUUUGAAACAAACACAUGUAUUUUUAUAUGUUUUUAUAUUUUACAAAUUUUGUCUUGGUAAAGAAUGAAAUACUGCUCUCUGAUAAGCUCUCCUCUUCCCAUGUUGCCUACUGUAGGUAACAGCUAUAGAGUAAUUUGGUUUUAAUUUUUGAAAGGAUGUGGUGGGUUUCGAGACAGGAACAAGGUAACUUCUUUUAAAAGUGUGUAGAAAUAAUUUUGCUGCAAUUUGGGACUUACUUAAUGCUGCCCUCUGUGCAUUCUUGUGGACACGUACAUAAACCAUGGAAGUUCACACGGAUGCAUUAGCAGUAACAGAAUAGUGCCUGCUGCUUUGUUAGUCUUAGGAGCUUAGGUUGCCUCUCAUCCUUUCAAGCACAUUUAUAAAUGCAAUGCAACAUUUUAUGUAUUUCACUUUUUUUCUUUGCAUGGAUAACUUAUUUACCAUUGUGACUAGCCCUAACCCUUUUCCUUGUUGCCUCUUAAGGCAAUAACUAAUUGUUUUGUUUGGGAGAGUGUGGAAGAGAGUAGUGCUUGCUAUGACUUUUUAUUACUAAUAUCAUUUGGUCCUAUGCUCUUGAAAUGCAUGUGAAAAAUACUUUAUGAAAUUGGCAAUAGCCAAUAGAAUGGCUGUAUGAGUGGGGUCUAGGGGGUACAGGGAAAUGUACUUAAUGUCUGUAUAUAUGUUCUUACUACCGUGUUCUAUUAAUUCACUGGGUGCUCAGAGUGGAAGGUACCAAUGGAGUUCAGAUGUAUAACAGUGUCCUCUUUCCAUUUCCCUUACUGCCUGGGUGCAAUACUUUUUAAAGUAGUUUGAGUUGUUUGAAGGUUAGAUUUGGGGUUUUGGUGGUUAUUUGGUUGGUAGGUUGGUUUUUGCUAGCCUGCAAAAGUAGUUUGGGAGCAAUAGUCUAUACUUUUUAAGUGCAUAAGCAUGUUGUUGCUGCCUUGCUUUCCCAGUCCUUUCCAUGGAUUUAUGAGGAAAACAGGGGAUCUCUCUAAGAGGUUUAUUCCUUCUCUUACGUUAGACAUGGAGUGAGUGUCAAGCAGCACAGGAAGUGCUUUAGGGCUGCUAUUGGACGUGGGGGCUGGCAUAUGCUUUCACUGUGUUUUUGCUAUGUUCCUUUGCUUCUUGGCCGCUGCUUUCCAUUGGGUACCUGUCCUGAACUUGCGUUUAUCAGUUCCUGACAAACCAUGGAGCUCUAGAAUUUAGUGUGCUGCCGUUCUUAUUCCAUCCAUAUGGGAAGGAUUUUCUUUUCAUUUUAUUUUCUGUUAGCUUUAGGGGGCACCAAAGGCGGGAGAUAUAUUCUUACAAUUGUAUAUAAUUUUGUUUCUAUACUGUGCUGUUUGGUACUGAGUCCUUUACAUGGGCCUAUAAAUACCUAAUGAGAUGUGGAGGUCCGGAUGUAUGAAACCUUCCUCUUUUCCCCUUUCCUCAUUGCCUUUGGGGGCAAUUGUAGAGUAGCAUAGACGUUCUAACUCUGUUCCACCCAGAGGGGCCGGGUAUGUAUAUAGUUUAAAAUGUAAAUAUAAAUUUUUAAAAAUCUUUUUGUUAUUGUUGUUACUCCGUUUGUACCUAAAUCUGUCUGUGGACACUUAGGUACAUAAGGAAUAUUGAGGUUCAUUCUAUGAAAAAUCUCCCCAUCCCCUUCCCUCAUUGCCUGUCUGGGCAAUGGCUUAUAGAGUAGUUGUGUAGCUUUGGCACGGGGCUGGUUAUGGGGUGAAAGACUUCUGGGUUUUUACUUUUUAAAAUGUAUUUAAAAGUUUGUCAAAGGUUAUUUCAUUGUCUCACUCCCAAUGUGCUUUUGUGUUUGAACUUAUUGUCAAAUGAAGUGAAGAGUCUAUACCCAGGGGCAUGGAACAUCUUUCACUCUAUCACCUGUGCCUUACUGUAGAAAUGUAUGAGCGCUAUAGGGCUUGAGUUCUUGUUUUGUCUGCUUGUUGCUUAUAAUACAGCUUGUUAGGGGAAAAGUAACCAUGUCUAAUAUGUAUAUAUCUAUAUUAGGUUGUAAAUGCCUUGUGAUGUUAACUUCAUUUUGAACCUGGUCCUUGGUGUGACUAUUUUUUUAAAUAUGAACUUAAUGAAUACUGAGAUUGAUUCUAUGAAAACUCUCCACACUCCCUAUCCCUCAUUGCCUGGUGGGCAGUGGUAGACUAGAUGUUUUGUUUACUUAUCUUUUGUUUGCUUUGUGUGUGGGGGGUCUGGGUGUACAUAUAUUUUUUAUGUAUAUAAAUAAUUGCUACAUUCUAUGUAUUAUUCCACAUAGCACCAGUUUUUUUGCUAGAAUUUGUAGAUAUAUAAUUAAACUUGGAGGUCCAGACGUAUGAUAACUCUCCCAUGCUCCCUUUUCCUCAUUGCCUAUAGAGGCAAUAAUUUUAUAACCUGGGGUUUUUUUGGCAGGGGCAGGGGGAUUGCUUAGGUGGGUAGUGGUUAGGGGAUACAGUGCAUGCUUUUAAAAUAUAUUUUUUCAUGGUACUGAUUAGGUCCCAAGUCCUUUGCAUGGAUAAAUGGUACCUAAUCAAAAUUGAGGAUUGGUAUAUGACAUACCUCACUUUGUCCCCUUCCCCUUAUGCCUGUAUUGGCAAUAGUGAGUAGAGCAGUUAUAUGUUUUUUACUUAAUUGUUUUGGAUUUGCACUUUUGAUAAUAUAUUAGUAUAAAUAGGCUUUGUUUCUUUAUUUCAUUUUGUGUUUAGUCCUUUGUCUAACUAUAAAGGCCAUAAUGAAAAUUAGUUUCAUAAUAUGAUAGAGCACAUCCUUUCUUGCAUAUUUCCUCACUUACCAGUAACUAGUGCAAUUGUUUUGUGUUUUUUUCCUGGUUAUUCUCCAGGAUAUAUAUCUUUAGGGAUACAAAUAUAAUACACAUAUAUUCAAUUUUCCCCCUUGCCUUCAUUGUUUCCCUUUAACAUUUAUUCCCUUGAAGAUUUCUAAAUGCACCACGGAAAAAACAAAAGCUCAUUACAUCUUGGGCACCCGACUGGAAGUGUAGCCCUGUGACUCCAUGUUGAACAGUAGCAAUGAGUAUACAGCAAAUAAGAUUCGAGAAGACACUGCAUUGUGGGAACUAGUCAGGGCCAGCAAUUCUGAUGUUGAUUUAAACUGAGAUGAUAAAAGGACAUUUUUGGUCUUGUAAAUACCAGAAAAACAGGGUAGUGCUGAGUAAAAGUGUGUUUAAAUGUCCUCACGGGUUGAGGUAAGUUGUUGAAGCUUGUGAGCCAAUAUUAGUGUCUCCUGUAACUGAUUUGAAGAACUCUAAGAAUAGUGUUGCUGUGAGACCCGAAAUUCAGAUUUAUCUCCAGAGUUCUGUUUCAUGUUCUUGUGUACCCAGGAGAAGUCAUUGUGAUCAUUAGAAUUGACCAUUUGAGUGAUUGCUACUCAUCUGGUGACUGACAGAUAACAUAGUCCCAAAAAAGAACUUAGGUGGCUAGCCCUUUCUUAGGACAUCUACAGAUGACAGGGCAAAUUGGCCCUUUCUUAGCCAGAACUCUUUUGUGUGGCUACAUCUCUUUCCCCAGUUCUCUUUUAACUGGUCCAUUCCUAUUCUGUUUUUUUCUUUUGCUUUCAGUGCCUUCAUUGUUGUUAGAUGCUGUCUUAAGUUGUACUCCCAAAUUUAAACUAAUGCUGCCUCCUAGUUAGCUUUGUGAUUCUGGGUGCAUUUCAUGCACCCGAGCCGGUAUGUUUGCUCCCAGCAUUCUUAUAUUUCAUAUUGUUUCCUCAUCUACUACAUGGUAAAUGUUAUGACUACACAUUUGUCCGCAUCAAAGAAAACGCAUGUGCAUAUCUCCCCUGUCCUUCCUGCAUCUUAGCUUUGUUUUGUUGUCACAUUUUUUAACUGAUAUUCCAUGAGAAAGAUUUGCCAUAUCCAUUUAAGAGACAUUGAGUGAUAGAUAGGACUCCUUGAAAUUCACAAAGAUGUGUUAUUUACCAUAUCAAACUCUCAGGAAUGUGUUGGAAAAUGGAAAAUUAGCCCAGUAACAUUGCUGUUACUUAUACCUGCUGCUGUAGGAAAAAGUUAUUCAUGACACAUUUACCUUUGAUCAUAAAUAAAAGAGAAAGGGCCACCUUUUUGGAGUUAGUCAUGGUAGUCAUUAGUGAUAUUUUUGAACCGUUUUUAAUUUGAAAUACUUCAAAGGAAGUAAAGGUCAUGGCUUAGCUCAAAGAAAUGCUCCAUAAGUUGGGCUGUAUAAAUCAUCAGUACAAUAAUACACUGUGUGUGUGUGUGUGUGUGUGUGUGUGUGUGUGUGUGUGUGUGUGUGUAUAAGAGUAAUGAGAAUUGCUACAUAAUUGGAGCAUUUGCCUUCAUCAGCAAAUCACGUUGAGACUAACUGUAGUCAGCUGUCUUGAUUAAAGCCAAGUGUUCCUUGUGGCUGUGAGAAAGAGUCUCUUGCAAAUACUUUGGAAAGUAAUUGCUUGGAAACUUACAAAGGUAUUACUUUUUUUUUUUUUAAUUUGAACACCAGUAGAGACCUUCUGUUACUUCAGUCUGAGUUUGUGGGUAGAAUUCUAAAUUUGUAUUCUAAUCUGUCUUUUAUGGAAAAAAAUUGAAAAUAGUAUGUAUGUGUAAUAUUGUAUAUGCAAAUUGUGUUGUUUUACUUGUAAAGGGAAAAUGCUUAUUUUUCUUUGUACUUGUUUUGCAUAUGACCAGCACUGAUUGAAAGGCAUGUUUAACUGCAAACACUUGCUUUCUUUGUGAAAUGAAAAUAAAGUAUUUAAAUAAAAA